AAUAUCAGCUGCGGGGCUGCGAGCGUCAUUCGUGUGCAUCGCAGCUUGGUGUGCAUGUGCGCCGUCGCGUCAUGUGGCCCUCGGAACUGGACAGCGACUCGCGCUGAGCCGUCCCGUCGAGCGUCCCAGUGUGUGUACGCGACCAGCGACUGCCCAUAAAGGUUCGGACGACUGGCUCCGUAGCCCAGGGGGGGGCUAGGCCUAGGCGUCAAACAUGGCGGACCUCGAAGCCGUGCUGGCCGAUGUCAGCUAUCUCAUGGCCAUGGAGAAAAGCAAGUCCACGCCGGCCGCCCGCGCGAGCAAGAAAAUUGUGCUUCCGGAUCCGAGUGUGCGGAGUGUUAUGCACAAGCACCUCGAGAAAAUGGGUGAAGUGGCGUUUGACAAGAUAUUCAACCAGAAAAUAGGCUACUUGUUAUUUAAGGACUUCUGUGACAACGUUUCUGACGAGCAGGUUCCUCAGCUAAGUUUUUACGAAGAGAUCAAACGCUAUGAGAAGCUAGAGACGGCCGAAGAGAGGCGGACGGCAGCACGAGAGAUCUAUGACAAUUACAUUAUGAAAGAACUUCUCUCACACACUCAUAAUUAUUCUCUCGAGUCUGUAGGCCAUGUUCAAAAGUACCUCAUGAGGAACGAAGUUCCCGUUAAUUUAUUUCAGCCUUACAUCGAGGAAAUUUUCAGCCUAUUAAGGGACGAUAUUUUUAGGAAGUUUAUUGAAAGUGAAAAGUACACAAGGUUUUGCCAGUGGAAAAAUCUCGAGCUUAAUAUUCAGCUGACGAUGAAUGACUUCAGCGUUCACCGGAUAAUUGGACGUGGUGGAUUUGGGGAAGUGUAUGGCUGCCGUAAAGCAGAUACAGGAAAAAUGUAUGCGAUGAAGUGUUUAGACAAGAAGCGAAUCAAAAUGAAAGUCGGUGAAACCCUAGCAUUGAACGAGAGGAUCAUGCUUUCUUUAGUCAGCACAGGGGAGGACUGUCCUUUUAUCGUGUGCAUGACAUACGCAUUCCAAACGCCCGACAAGCUGUGUUUUAUACUGGAUCUUAUGAAUGGGGGGGACCUGCACUACCACCUAUCUCAACACGGGGUGUUCACGGAGCAGGAGAUGCGGUUUUACGCAGCUGAGGUGAUUCUCGGCCUAGAGCACAUGCACCGGAGAUACGUCGUCUACCGGGACCUCAAGCCUGCCAACAUUCUUCUCGACGAACACGGGCACGUACGGAUAUCAGACCUCGGUUUGGCGUGCGAUUUUUCUAAAAAGAAGCCCCAUGCUAGCGUGGGCACCCAUGGCUACAUGGCACCUGAAGUACUCUCCAAAGGCACAGCCUACGAUUCCAGUGCCGACUGGUUCUCGCUAGGCUGCAUGCUUUACAAGCUGCUCAAAGGGCACAGUCCAUUUCGGCAACACAAAACGAAAGACAAGCACGAGAUUGACCGGAUGACCUUGACCAUGAAUGUGGAGCUCCCCGAAAGCUUUUCAAGUGACUUGAAACUGCUUCUCGAGGGACUGCUACAACGGGACGUGGACAAGCGACUCGGUUGCAAGGGUCAGGGGGCUGAAGAGGUGAAGAGCCACAGCUUCUUCAGCGGGAUGGACUGGCAGCUAGUGUACUUGCAGAGGUACCCGCCUCCUCUCAUACCUCCGCGUGGGGAGGUCAACGCAGCUGAUGCCUUCGAUAUCGGCUCCUUCGAUGAGGAGGACACAAAGGGCAUCAAGCUGACGGAAGCGGACCAGGAGCUGUACAAGAACUUUCCUGUGGUGAUCUCCGAGCGCUGGCAGCAGGAGAUUGCGGAGACAGUCUUCGAUACGGUCAACCAGGAAGCGGACAAGCUGGAACAGAAAAAGAAGACCAAGAUGAAGAUGAAGUUCCAAGAUGAAAAAGAGUCAGACUGCAUCAUCCAUGGGUACAUCAAGAAGCUGGGCGGACCCUUCGCCUCGGCCUUUCAAACUCGUUACGGGAAGCUGUACCCAAACCGCUUGGAGCUUCACACGGAAUCUAGCAGUGCCAAGCCAGAGCUCAUCUUCAUGGACCAGCUGGAAGACGUGUGCUCGGACUACGUCCAGGUUAAAGGGGAGCAGUGCAUAGUGCUCAAGAUGAAGGGUGACACCAAGGUGGUGCUGACCAACCCCGACGAGAUCGGCCUCAAGGAAUGGCUCCUGUCGCUCCGGUCCACCCUAAAGGACUCCCAAGAGCUGCUGGCUUCCAUGGCCAAGAAGGCCGGCAAGAUCUACGGCACCACCGACAACCGCAACAACCUGCUGGGCUCCACCCCGAGCGGUGCGGCCACCCCGCCUGCGCGCAACGGCAACUGAGAAGCGCCGGACUGCUCGGCACUCCCCGUCUUCUCUCCCUCGUGAUCCUCAACGCGGGCACGAGUGGCGGGACUCCGUCACGCCAGGCGUGGUUGGGCCGGCGAUACUUGCACGGGCAUGGGUACGGCAGGACGUCGCAGUUGCUGGAUGGUGCUCCGGGUCGUCCGCUGCUCGUGAAGCAGCGGGUGGUGCAUCGUCGUGCGCCGCCACUGACGAGGCAACGCAGCUCUCCGCGAUCAGCGCGUACCGGUGUCGCCCGCCACUGACGACACCGACGACCCUCGUGUAAAAAAAAAAAAACAUGCUGCCGAUUCUGGCGGGAAGCCUCCACGUUUUUACCGGCUACUGCCGCGGUUGUAAUGUGCUUGCAAACGGGCCAUUGCUGGACAGUUGUGUUUAAGGAGAUACGUAAUUUUCUUCCCCUGCCAUCCGCCAUAGGGAGGCUGUGACUGCAUUUUAAGGACCAAUGGGGGGAGGGCGAAGUAAGGGCUGGGGUGAAUUACGAGACUGUUGUUGUAACGUGUCCUUUUUUUAACUUAUUAAUGUGGCAAACACGGGUGGCAAGAGAAGGUCACAGAACCCAGGGCCUCGAGUUGGGUGCUCGAGCGGAGGAGCGCGCAACUUGUAGCGACGGCACAUGCUAGUCGAUUCUGGUGCGCGAUAGAAGUGGCUUCGCCUCUGUGUGGGUGCAAUAGUGGCGGGCUGCCCCAGCAGCUGUCCUGGUUGUCCAGCGAGAUCUUCUUGAUUUUCUUCUACGGUGCACCAUUAGCAGGUGUAGUGCAAUGGCAGAGCUGUUGACACCCUCACGUCACUGCGUUUCUUAAGAAGCUUUGUGUGUGUGUUUGAUGCAUUGUGCAAUGUGCACUUUUCAUGGCAGCCACGUGACAUCUGUGUUAGUUACCCACCACACUUCCUCCCCCAGGUUUUCUUUCAUUCCUGUUCUUUCUCUGCUCCUCAAGUUUUUCCUAAUUGCCGCACGCCAAAGUGAUGGAAGCAUCAGUGGUGUCUUCACGCUUGCGUGUAAAUAUACUGACUGUACAUAGGGCGAGCGUGUAACACUCGUGUUAGCUGCAUUCGUCACCCAUCUGCACGCACACAUGAUGACGAAAGGUGCGAGAGACGGGAAUGCCAGAAAUUGAGUGUUGUACAUAGGAUGUGUGACGAGCCUUUUCGGUAAACGUUUUAUUGAGCCUCCCUUUACUCACUGUUAACGCGGACGCGAUGGCGUUGGUUCGACAGAAGUGUCCGCGGAACUCUCCCGUUGCUGGCGGUAUUUCCCGCCCCCCCAUUUGUGCACUGUCCCUUCUCUCCCACUGUCGGUUGCCCAACACUUCUUAGUGUUCUCUGCACUCGGUAUUUAGAAGGGAACACCAUUGACCGGCGGACCGCUCCACGCUUGUUAGGCACGGGUGGGGUUAGUUGCACCUGUGCCUGCUCACAACGUUUGUGAUGGCAGUGUUGAAGAGUUGUGUGCUUCUGUGGUCUUCUUUUUCGUUGGAUUUGGGCAGGCAGGGGAGAGGGAACCCAGUGGGGCGAGCGACAACAGUUGGGGGGGGUGGGGGUGUUAUUUCCAGUAUGCAGGGAGCACACUGUCUUUUGUAGGGUCACUGGGAAGUGCAAUGGGUCGGUGCACGUUUUUUCACUGCAGCUGCUUUAGGAGCCAGUUUGCACACAGCAAAGUAUACACCGUAGCCUCUGUCUAUUCUUUCCACAGUCACAAAGGAAGAAGAAACCGAGGGGCGAGGCAGCAAGAAACAGAAACGAGCAGUUGCCUUCCGCGACUGUUUUGCUGCCGACCGUGCGCCUCCGGCUUGCUUCCUUUCGGCAAAAAAACAUUAACUGUGAUAGCAACACUUAGCAGUCCAGUUUGUGCGUGUUGUGCUGCUGUUGCUGCCAUGACUCCCCCCAGAGUGUGGGACUGCGCUCCCAAGCUCGUCGUCCGGAUAGCGAAAGCGUGCACGAGGCUUUUUCAUCUUUUGCGGAAUCUGACAUGGCACCUUUCGGUCUCAAAAAAAUGCUUUGCCCUAUUCCUCCUGGCGACCUCUUUCUUUUUUUAUUUUUCUUUCGGGUUCUAAAACAUACUUUGCUCACCUUUAAUGCCUCAAAAGCGAGCCAGUAAAAUGUUUCUUUUUUCUUAAUUUCACUUUGAGAGCCCACCAGAUUGUGGGUGUUGCACAGCUACAGUUCCACUUCACAAGAGGUGGUGAAAUACUUAUAACCUAGCCUAGAUGCGUCGGACAUUUACACUCUCAUAGAGCUUCUGAUCUGCUUUUUCUUUUUGUAGUUGAUGUUUGGAAAAACUAGAGUCUUUUACUUGAUCACAAAUGCUUGCCUUGCCUGGAACAACCUUGUACACAGUAUUAGACGGCAUCAUGAACCUGCACGUGCAACUUAAACCCAUCUCUGCUUCUUGCGCUACAGUUCCGAUCCAUUCGAGGCCACACACGUUGAGCGAGCUGUGGUUUUAGUCGCGCUCAGAUGCCUUCCUAGUGCAGAAGCACUACUUAAAAUUGUGAAUAGCAGGCAGAGAUGACAUUUUAGGCGCCUAUUUUGCUUUCCACCAUAAUCUUCACUCGGAGAAGGCACUGACCAAAAAAUAAGUAAGCACUAUCGCUCAAGAAAUGUCUAAUCAUUCUCCUUAGCAAUUGUUUGAGUCGUUCAUCUGAACUCAGUUUUAUUGCCACUUCAUUCCGUUAUCAGCUUAAGACUUGAAGCCAGCCCAGUGCUGGCCUACAGAUCAAGUGGCAGACACUGUCGCAAGUGCCCCAAAGAGUGGCUAUGCUUCUCAGCUUUGUGGUUGCAUUAACUAAAAGGCAUGCGAAUUUUCCAGUGACAAAUUAAUUUUUUUCCCAGAAUAGUGUCUUGAAAGGCAACCGAUGUUAGUAUGACCCACACUCAAUUCAACGUGCUUCUCGGUGCAUCAAUUAGAAAUGUAUUUUGGUAUGUCAACUGUCUGGUUUAUGAAUGAAAUAUGCAAUGAACUGGCAGGCUUUAUAAGUAAGUGGGAAAUGGUUUAAAUGAACUUAAUGACGUGGCAGUUUUGAUGCAUAGUCUCUGUCAACAUAGCAUACUCGAGCAGACCAAGGGCUUUACAUGGUUACCAAAUGCAGCCAUGUGUUACGCUUUUUCCUCUGCACAGGUGGGGGAUGCAAAAUGUGCAAUGUUUCAUCUCGGAGCAUCUGAAGGAGAAAGGAAGCAAGGUGACAGCUAAGCAGCCGAGAAGUAGCUCCACAGAAUAGGCACUUGUGCUUUUUUUUGUUCCAAAAGCAACUUUGCCAGCAACACUUUAACCACAUAAGCCAACAUUCUGGAUGCAUAUCACGCUUGCACGAUAUAAGUGCACCAGUUUAGUUCUGGAAAAAGCGAAUGAAUAUGCAUGAAAACUUUCUGAAAUUCUGUAUAAUUCAAGAUGCCAUUUCGUGGAGAACAAAACGCUUUUUCAAGGCAAUCGACUCUGGCACCAACGUGAACAUUCCCAGUCAGUUCGUCCCAUUUCGUAUGAAGUUCCUUUCUGUUCAAAUUUUAGUGGCGUUUGGACAGUCCUGAACAUCCUUGAUGUUUGAAGUUAUGCCCGAAGAGUUUCGGGGGAAACUCAGUCACAAGUAAUGUGAUGAGGACAAAAAAGAACCCAAGCAAAGUCUGAUGAGUGAUACCAUUUCAUAGACUGUGUACGGGAUACUAAGUGUAGCUGGUAAUCGUGGAGCAUGUCGAGAAGUAGGACGUAGCGCACGCUUUGUCGCGGUCACUUGGCUCUCGUAAAAGUGACGAGUGGUUGCUUAACUAAGAGCCUGUGGUAUCAGAUGUAAAAGACACGAAAUGCACGCACAAGUCUCUCUUCACCAUGUGUAUACAAAUGUUCAAUGUUCUUUUCUUCGGGAUGCGUUCCUGAUGGUAUGAUGUCGGUUUUCCGAGGUGUUGAUUCUGGGAGCUUGGCUCAAUGAGUUGUGUACCGUGGCUCUCACUCCCUUUUUUAGCUCCAACUUUACUCUGCAGAGCGUCGAACAGAAAUGAGGAAACAAAAAAAUUUGAGCUUCCACUUGUCGCCUUCUCAUCUCGCUGCACCGAUAAAAUGUAGCGCUAAAGUCCGUGGCUGGGGGGAGGGUGGUGUCUGUGUAUAAAAAACAUGCCAUUCCUAAGGUUAUGCAGCACUGUCUGGUCUGUUUCCUCUGUAGCUGGUGAAGUUUUUUUUUCUUCUGUGUUCCCUUCUAUUUGUUGUGCCAUGUGUCGAAAUGGGGGAGUGGGGUGUGUGUUGAUACAAUGUGCGAGUGGCUCACUUUUUGCCCUUUGUCCAAGUCGGUGAUGAACCAGCUCGGAUUCCCGGUGACAUGACGUUUUGUGGCCAUAAACUCAUUUAUGCAAUCUCACCGUUUUACUCUGCAGCCACACUUCAUUACAGCGCGUUGCCCGUCGUUCUGCCACAUGCGAGAGAUUAACUAAUCGAGCCCGUUGUGUUGUUUGCUUGACUCGCUGGAUGUUGGUUAGGUCAUUUUGUUGUACCUGAACCUUAAAAAACACGUGCAGGCAUGUGUGCGUCGGUGUGUACAUAAAGUGAUGUAUUACUGUGACAGUCAUGUACAUAAGCACAUCUGGGUAUAACUCAUCCCCUCAUUUAUGGUCAUUUUCUCCCUCACCCAUUAUCUCUCUAGCUCGCCUCUGUGGUUCCGUGAAUGUUCUCUUAUUGUUUUUAUACUGAUUUGGCAUACAUUCUGUUGUGUUGUCUGUGCACUGCAAUGAUGUCCACUGGAAGCAAUUUACUGGUUUCGUUUUUUUUUUUUUCUUUCUGGCAAUGUGGCACUUUAUCAAAGAAGAGAUUUUGUGCAGGUAGAACCUCUUAUUUUCUGAAGGUGUGGUCAUCUUCACUGAGGCUUUUUGUUCUUCGAUAGUUUAGCGUCUUUUGCACCUCAGAUUAGUGUACGCAGCUUCUAAUGUGCAUGGCUCCUAAACAUGUGUCUUAUGUUACCUUGGCGCUGCUUUACAUUCUGCAGCCUUACUAUUUAUAAGCAAGACAGCGGCGGACAUUUGCAUGCCUCUCAAGCAGGACCUUAAUACAACAUGAUCCCGAGUUUAACGUUGAUGUGGAUACCCUGUGAAUUUAAAGCAUGUUGAUCAAUGAUAAAAAGGAACAGCAGCUAAAGGGCUAAGCAUCUGACCAUCCAAAGAAAUCUUGAGCAACCAGUGUUAGUGAAUUGAGGAUUGUACAUUCAGGCACUGCAGAUCGGUAUAACUUAGUUCCCACUCACUUCAAACGGAAUAUAGUGCUCCUAGAGGAGCAUAGAGUAAUGAGGAUUCCUGCGUUCCAAGAGAGAUCGAGUCUUGGUUAGUGGAUGUGUCACCGAAUUACUUGUUUCCUUCAGACUUGUUACUUGGCAUCGAUGAUAACCGCUCAUUAUGUUCAAGCUGCUGAUUUCAUGAAUCCUCUGGAAAUGCUGAUGUUGCAUAUCGCUCGUGCCUCAUGCACGGCCACCUUCAUCGAGUUCUGUCUUGACGCACAUUCAGGUGUCUCUGCAAUUUGCAGCCACUGCGGGGCAUUCAUACUUGAGCCAUCUAGGUGAAGUUCGGUCCCCACUUAUGUUGGUGGGACCAUCUCCCCAAACUGCUUUUUUUCUUUCCGGGCAUUUUUCAAGCUUUUCCGGCAUUCCAGAUAUUCUUGAAAAGUCUUCCAAAAAAUAAGUCGAUGGUUCUGAUUCAAGUUAAAUAUUAGAUACUUAUGAUACUGUAGCAUUGUCUCACUUAAAGUGACCAAUCAGCUGUCGGAGUAAUCAUUGAACGUCAGGUUCAUCGAUAGAUUAUGAGCAGCUGCAGCACCCAGUGCAACAGAUAUAAGUUGCCUCCGAGAUUUGCUCCAGCAGGGCACAAGACAUGUAUGCUAAGAGGAAUACAUAAGAGCACAUAAGUGCCGACAUGCCAGUGCCACUACCAGACGCCCAAGUGAAGGACUAGGUUGGCGUCCUGAAUUCUUUCUUUUCUUUGCUUUCUUAUGGACCAACGCGCACACUUAUUUAAGCAUCUCCUGGUAGCGUUGCAUGGCUAUUGCUGACCCUAGUCAGGCGUACAGGCACUAUCACCGCAGAAACAUUUGUAGCCAUUACACCUUAGAUUGAUUCUUUAUUUUUGAGGGUUUUCGACAACCUCUGCAAUGUUAGACUGCAAGAUGUUCUGCUUAACUUGUUGAGACCCAGAGUCAGUCCAGGGCCGUAAUAGCGUCUCAUGUUGUUUCAUAUUAUCGUUUGAUGUCUUAUCAGCAUGAAGAAUCUAUUUCUAAACGAAUAGAUGAUGAACUCUUUGCAUCCACGUGAUGGUUUCCUCACCUUCUCUGUAAAGAACGGUUUUUUAGAACUCGACCAAUGCAAGUAGCUUGAGCGAUUGUUAGUGAUAUGAAAAGGUGGCACAUUUCAGUCCAAAGAAUGGAAAAUUAGUUACCGGAAUGCCAAUACAGCCUAGUUCAAUUGAUGCGGAGUGUAGGUUGCAUUUACAAAAGUACAUUACUUAUUCUGCUGGUGUAUCAAGUAAGUGUUGUACUUGCACUGCGUCAUCCAGUUUAAUGCGACCCAGACGGCACAUCAAUAUUACAAGCAUGAUGCAAAGUCAGCUAUGUGUAAUACUGUUAUUGAAAGUGGAUAUGUUGCUUCUGCCGCUGUUUAUUGCUCCAUGGCUUCCGUCUUGACGGUGCACAACUUGGAAACGACCUUCUGCAUGCCACCAGUAAAGUCUUUAUUGUGCAGAGCCCAAUAUCUUGGAAGUGUUGAAUGUCCACGAGCAGUGGCAGAAUCAGGCAGGUGCAAUAUUUUGGGCUUGACAGAGGACACUGAAUCAGUCAUUGCGUUGUGCCGAACGGGCUUAAGCAUCCUUCAAGAAUAUGCAUUAGGGGAGAGAUGCCAGCAGACUCCCUCCCACAUCUGUUAUCAAGAUUUCAGCCCAACAUUUCCCGACUUGCAAAAGUGGCCUGCGACAAUUAAAAUGCGACCAGCGUACAUUGCACAUUACGGGGCUGCCUUGUUUCUAUGUGCGUAGCUGCUGUCAUCUUACAAGGGCAGAGCGCAUUAGCUGCUGCUCCCAUCUGUGUGCCCUUGCUUUCCCGAGAAGUACAAGACGAAUGCACUCACUCUUUGCGAAGCUGUCCAGUUAGACUGUACGCGUCGUUGAGUUUUCUGCGUACCUACACUUCCUUUGUGGCUGCUGGAGUGAACGCAUGCAUGAUAGGUAUGCCGGAGUGAAAAGUGCAUAUGUGCUCUGAUCUAAUGUUCAAAGUGUCUCACUGCAAUAGAACUUUCUAAAAUGAUGUCAAAACGACGCUGCAAGAUCUGUGGUGGGACGUCUUCUUGGGAUCUCGUAGGCCAUUUUCCCGGUUAAAAUGAACGGCGGGGCUGGUUGGCGCUCUGCUCGCUUUAACAAUAUUUUUUUGCCUUUUUACUCAAGGGCAGGUAGGAGAGAACACUUGUAUUAUCAUCUGCUGCCUUUUUUUGUACAUGUGUACCACACAUGCGUGCGAGGAGAACAAGGCCUGGUGACGACGAAUUGUUCGUUUGCGCACCCUCGUCUUCUCGAUUGUGGAUGUCGUGCGCUCAUCCACGAAAUCUAGUCUGGCCUCUCUUUUGUAGCCCUUUUUUUUUUUUGGAGACAGUUUUUUAGGCAAGCUAGGAAGAUGAACCAACCUUUACGUGUCGUGUACAGAAAGAGAAAAGAAAAAAAUAAGCUACAAAAUAUACUGUAGAGCUGUGUGGCUGCUGUAUUUAUAUAUCCCUGCAUUGUUUUUAAUUGCAACCCUUGUAUUGUUUCUGCAGCAUACUUUUCUUGGUUGUGCCCCAAAGUAUAGCUGUUAUAGGUUGUUUUUAUGUUAUUUUUAUUUUUUAGGAAAUGUAGAUACUUGAAUAAAAGACACCCAGAAAGGAAAAAAAUAUGUCCUCCUCUUCACCUGACUGCUCUUAAUUGUUCACUAAAUGCGGAAGUUGUGCUACCAAGAUUACAGCAUUAAACAACACUGUGAAACAAGUAGUAUUGAAGGCUUUCUCUGCAAGAAAACAAAUGGCUUUUUGUUAAAGACGAGCGAGUAAUAAAGAUGAUCGUGGUGCUGA